AUGGCAGCCCCACAGGGCAAGAGCCUCUACGACACCAUUUCCUUUGGGAAGGACGUGCUGGCUGCUGGUGUGGCAGGCACUAUCUCCAAGAUGGCGGUGGUGCCUGUCGAGCAGGUGAAGCCGUUGCUGCAGGUGCAGGCCUCGUCCAAACAGAUCCAGACAGACCAGCAGUACAAGGCCAUGGUGGACUGCUUCCUGUUCAUCCCCAGGGAGCAAGGAUUUUUCAGCUUUUGGCAUGGCAAUUUGGCAGAUGUUAUUUGGUAUUUCCCAACACUGGCUCUAAAAUUUGCUUUCAAGGGCAAACACAAACAGAUUUUCAUGUCCAGAGUGGAUAAACAGACAGAGUUCUGGAAAUGGUUUUUGGCAAACCUGGCUUCUGGCGGAGCAGCAGAAGCAGAACCCAUGUGUGUAGUGUAGCCGUUAGCUUUCACACGAGCUCAUUUAGCUGCUAGUACUGGGAAAGGUGCUGCUGAGCAACAAUUCCAGGGACUUGGUGAUAUUAUUAAAAUAGCAAAGACAGGUGGACUUCGUGGCUUGUACCAGGGUUUGGGUGUUUCAGUGAAGAGAAUCAUUGUAGUCUGAAGCUCCUAGUUUGGAUGUUAUGACACCAUUAAGGGAUUAUUGCCAAAUCCCAAACAAGCUCCACUCAUUCUUUCCUUUUCCAUUGCUCAAGUUGUGACUGCUUGCUCAGGAAUGCUGUCUUAUUCUUUUGACACUGUCAGGAGACACAUGAUGUUGCAGGUACAGUCAAGCUUGCAAUCCUCUUCUGAAAAUUACUUACUAGAUUUUUGAAGAUUGAUGUGCUAAUUGAAGUGCUGUUUACCCUGAAAGCAGGCAAGACUAUUCAGAAAAGAAGUGGAAACAUCUCCAGAAAGACAAGAAAAAUUAAAAAGUAGUAUUGUGGGAAUCUGGUAAAAGUAUGUUCAGUUCAUGGUUUGGUGAGAGCUUUUGGUAGAAAGGCAGGAUCUGUUUUCUUCUUCCUACUCAGAAGCCAGAUAUUUGGAGUAAGACAGGUUUAUGGGUAGAAUAAUAUCCUUUAUUAGCCCAGCUAAUGCAGUUAGAAAAAUAAUCUUUGUGACACAGAUGUUCUUCAGGUGUGAGGCAGAAUCAGUACUCUUAGAAGAAUCUUAAAUAUUUCUCAGCAUGUGACGGGUAUGAUAGUGUAUUAUUAGCAAUUCAUGUUGGAUCUUGUUAGUUAUUAGGUAAUUUUACUAGGUAGUUCAGUAGAAUUUGAAGUACAUUUAAUAAUAUAAAUUCUUGCUAUGAAUAUCAUCCUCAACACGAAAUCAAAACAAAACGCUCUUUAAAAAUCAGGACCUUGUUCCCUGCAGCCCUGACUAAGUUUUGCCAUCUGAUAAUGGAACGGAGUUGUUAGUUCCGAAGAAACAUCUCUAUAUUUUGUUUCAGGAGUAUCUUCUUUUCUCUUGGUAUUGCAGAAGGUCAAAAGAAAAUCAGAAUAAAUGUUAGCAUAGGACUUG